AUGUCUUCAAGAAAAAAGGUUCUUUUAAAAGUUAUUAUCCUAGGAGAUAGCGGUGUCGGUAAAACAUCCUUGAUGAAUCAGUUUGUCAACAAGAAAUUUUCCAAUCAGUACAAGGCUACAAUAGGUGCUGAUUUCCUCACGAAGGAAGUCAUAGUUGAUGAUAGAAUCGUCACCAUGCAAAUUUGGGAUACAGCAGGUCAAGAGAGAUUCCAAUCUUUGGGGGUGGCGUUCUACCGUGGGGCGGACUGUUGCGUCUUAGUUUUUGACGUAACUGCCCCUAACACGUUUAAGUCCUUGGAAAGUUGGCGAGAUGAAUUUCUAAUACAGGCGUCACCUAGAGAUCCCGACAAUUUCCCGUUCGUUAUACUAGGUAAUAAGGUCGAUUUGGAGAAUCGCGCUGUUUCUGCUAAAAGGGCCCAACAGUGGUGUCAAAGCAAAAAUGAUAUCCCAUACUUCGAAACAAGUGCCAAAGAAGCAGUUAACGUCGAGCUCGCAUUCCAAACUAUCGCACGUAAUGCUUUAGCUCAAGAGACUGAAGCUGAGCUGUAUAAUGAAUUCCCAGAUCAAAUCAAGCUAAACGCUAACGACAAUGGCCGUAACAGAGAUGGAGACAACUGUGCUUGCUAA